AGUGAGGAAGGGGAAGAGAAAACAGGAGAGAAGUACAAGACCAGCUUAUAUUUUCUUAAGUUGGAGUAUAAAAUUAAUGCUACCAGCUUUGUAUGGGAGGACUCUCAUAAUAGCAGCACAUCAACAGACAAGCCCAAACUGCUCGCUCUCAGUGAAAAUUAUGAACUGCGCAUCUAUGAAUUUAAUUUGAAAGAUGGAAAAUUUGAUGCAACCAUUUUGUAUAGCUGUACUGGGGAGAUAUUGCAAAAGCUCAUUGAAGAUCAAGAUAUCAGUAUUUCCAUAUCGUCCUUGAGAAUUCUGUCAUUUCACAAUAAUACAUCAUUAUUGUUUAUCAACAAAUGUAUUGUCCUACACGUUAUAUUUCCGGAAAGAGAUGCUGAGAUUAGAGUACUCAACUGUUUCACACUAUCCUUGCCUGCACAGGAAGUGGACAUGAUUAUUGACGCAGAGCUCUGCAGGGGAACUUUUUUUGUUUUGAGUAGUUUAGGCUGGAUCAACAUUUUUGACGUUAUGGAUGGUACACAUAUAGCUCAUGUGGAUUUAUCACUUCACCAAGAAGAUAUGUGUAAUGAGCAGCAACAGGAGCCAGCCAAGAUUUCUUCCUUUACUUCACUGAAAGUAUCUCAGGACCUAGAUGUUGUAGUGAUUAUCGGCUCCUCCAACUCUGCAGUUGCUCUUAACUUAAAUUUGUAUUUCCGGCAACACCCAGGACACCUACUAUGUGAAAGAAUACUAGAAGACAUUCCUAUUCAAGGACCUAAGGGAAUAGAUGAAGAUGAUCCUGUUAACUCUGAAUACAACAUGAAACUGACCAACUUUUCCUUCCAGGUUGAUAGGUCUUGGAAAGCCCAGCUGUCAUCAUUGAAUGAAACAAUAAAGAGCUCCAAACUGGAAGUUUCCUGUUGUGCUCCAUGGUUUCAGGAUCUUUUGCAUUUGGAGUCCCCUGAAUCUGGUAACCACAGAACCAGUGUGUUACACUGUGCUUUCAGUUCACAGGAUAUAAUGCAUGGCCAGUAUAAUUUUCCACAGAAAGAUCAUGCCAAGACCAGUGAUCUGGGAAGAUCAUGGAAGAUAGUGCACAUCAGUGAAGAAGAGGAACCCAUAGAGCUUAAAUGUCUAUCUGUGACAGGAUUCACUGCACUGUUUACUUGGGCUUUGGAAAGGAUGGGCUGUACCAUUGUCCUCUGGGAUUUGGAGACCCAGGAUAUACAGUGUUUUUCCUUUGGCAAAAAGUGUAUUCCUGUAGACAGUAGUGGAGACCAGCAACUGUGCCUUGUUUUGACAGAAAAUGGACUCUCUCUGAUUUUGUUUGGUUUGACUCAAGAGGAGUUUUUAAACAGACUAAUGAUUCAUGGAAGUACCAGCACUGUGGACUCUCUUUGUCAUCUCAAUGGUUGGGGGAGGUGCUCAAUUCCCAUACAUGCUCUAGAGGCUGGGAUAGAAAAUCGUCAGCUGGACACAGUAGAUUUCUUUUUGAAGAGCAAGGAAAAUCUUUUUAAUCCAUCCUCAAAAUCUUCUGUACCUGAUCAGUUUGAGCACUUUCCAUCCCAUUUAUAUUUAAGAAAUGUGGAAGAGCUGACACCAGCAUUGGAUUUACUUUGCUCAGCAAUUAGAGAAAGUGAUUCUGAAACCCAGAGCAAACAUUUUUCAGAACAAUUGCUUAAUGUUACACUGUCUUUCCUUAACAAACAAAUAAAGGAGCUUUUUAUUUACACUGAAGAGCUAGAUGAACAUCUGCAGAAAGGAGUGGACAUUUUGACCAGAUACAUUAAUGAACUUCGAACUUUCAUGAUAAAGUUUCCCUGGAAACUAACAGAUGCUGUAGAUGAAUAUGAUGUAAAUGAAAAUGUCCCCAAAGUCAAGGACAAUGAAAUAUGGGAGAAACUCAGCUGUGAGGAAGUUAUUUCCAAUGCCAUUUUAAACAACAAAAUACCAGAGGCACAAACCUUCUUCAGGAUUAAGAGGCAUUCUGCUCAAAGACUCGAGGAUCUGAUUAGAAUAGGCCUAGAUUUGGUCUUUGACAGUUUGAAAAAGAACAAUAUAAAGGAAGCCUCUGAACUUUUGAAGAAUAUGGGCUUUGAUGUAAAAGAUCAGUUGCUCAAGAUAUGCUUCUAUACAACUGAUAAAAACAUACGGGACUUUUUGGUUGAAAUUUUAAAAGAAAAAAAUUAUUUUUCCGAAAAAGAAAAAAGAACUAUAGACUUUGUGCAUCAAGUUGAGAAAUUUUAUUCAGGACAUUUCCAAGAAAAUAUGCAGAUCCAGUCCUUUCCCAGGUAUUGGAUAAAGGAGCAAGAUUUUCUGAAGCACAAAUGUGUUUUGGACUCAUUCCUGAAAUGUGAUCAUAAAGAUGAAUUCAACAAACAGAACCAUAGAAUUGUGUUAAAUUGGGCUCAGUGGUGGGAUCAAAUAACAGAAGAAUCCAUCCUUCUCCCCAGGAUAAGUCCAGAAGAAUACAAAUCAUAUUCCCCUGACGCCCUCUGGAGAUACCUCACAGCUCACCAUGAUUGGUUAAGCAUUAUCUUGUGGACUGGAGAAUUUCAGACCCAGAAUAGUUAUGUCUCACUUCAGCAGAACAAAUGGCCCCCUCUGACUGUUGAUGUUAUUGAUCAGAAUACUUGCUGCAACAGCUACAUGAAGAAUAAAAUUUUAGAUAUGCUCGCAAGGAAUGGGAUUUUUCUUGCAUCUGAACUAGAAGACUUUGAACUCUACCUCCUAAGACUGAGUCGUAUUGGGGGUGUGAUACAAGAUACCCUCCCUGUUCAAAACUAUAAGACCAAAGAAGGUUGGGAUUUCCAUUCUCACUUCAUUCUCUAUUGUUUGGAGCACAGUCUGCAGUAUCUUCUUUAUGUCUAUCUCGACUGUUACAAACUUAGUCCUGAAAAUUGUCUCUUUUUGGAAAAAAAAGAGUUACAUGAAGCACAUCCUUGGUUUGAAUUUUUAGUUCAGUGUCGACAAGUUUCCAGUAAUUUAACAGAUCCCAAACUGAUCUUCCAGGCUAGUCUUGCAAAUGCACAGAUUUUGAUUCCCACCAAUCAGGCCGGUGUAAGCAGUAUGUUAUUGGAAGGACAUACUCUCCUGGCCCUUGCUACUACAAUGUAUGCUCCUGGGGGUGUCAGCCAGGUGGUUCAGAAUGAAGAAAAUGAGAACUGUUUGAAGAAAGUGGAUCCCCAGCUACUGAGGAUGGCAUUAACUCCUUACCCCAAGCUAAAAACUGCUCUCUUCCCACAGUGCACUGCUCCUAGUGUCCUGCCACCUGAUAUUACACUCUACCACCUUAUUCAGUCAUUAUCGCCCUUUGAUCCUAGCAGAUUGUUUGGCUGGCAGUCUGCCAACACACUAGCUAUAGGAGAUGCAUCGAGUCAUCUCCCACAUUUCUCUAGCCCUGACCUGGUUAAUAAAUAUGCUAUUGUGGAACAUCUGAAUUUUGCUUAUUAUUUACAUCAUGGACGGCCAUCCUUUGCAUUUGGUACUUUUCUGGUCCAGGAGUUAACCAAGAGCAAGACUCCUAAGCAGCUGAUCCAGCAAGUAGGCAAUGAAACCUAUGUUUUAGGGCUUUCCUCCUUCCACAUACCUUCAAUAGGAGCUGCCUGUGUUUGUUUCUUAGAAUUGCUUGGCCUUGACAGCCUCAAGCUCAGAGUUGAUAUGAAAGUAGCCAAUAUAAUUUUGAGCUACAAGUGUAGAAAUGAAGAUGCUCAAUACAGUUUUAUCAGAGAAUCACUAGCUGAAAAACUAUCUAAACUAGCCAGUGGUGAAAAGGCAACUAUAAAAGAAUUGCUUGUUCUCUUAGAAGAAGGUACAUGGAACAGCAUUCAGCAGCAGAAAAUAAAGAGGUUAUCCAGUGAAGCUAGCAGCCAAUGGGCAUUAGUGGUCCAGUUCUGCAGGCUCCACGAUAUGAAACUGAGUACGUCUUACCUUAGAGAAUGUGCCAAAGCAAAUGAUUGGCUACAGUUUAUUAUUCACAGCCAACUCCAUAACUACCACCUAGAGGAGGUGAAAUCCCUUCUCCAGUGCUUCAGCCCAAUCCUUCAAGACCACUUAAGGCUGGCUUUUGAGAACUUGCCCUCAGUGUCCAACUCCAGAGUGGACAGUGAUCAAGUCUGCAACAAGUCACCCCAGGAACUCCAGAAAAACAAGGAAGAGAUGACUGGUUUCUUUGAAAUUCUGCUUCAGUGCUCAGAGGAGCCACAUUCCUGGCGCUGGCUCCUGGCUGAGGCAGUGAAACAACAGGCCCCUAUCCUCAGUGUCCUGGCCUCAUGUCUCCAGGAUGACAGUGUUAUUCCUUGUCUUUGUGUUUGGAUCAUCACUUCUGUGGAGGAAAGUGUUGCAGCUGAAGCAACAAGACACAUUCAGGGCUUGAUAGAGGGCCACACCUGGGACCUUGAGGACCUUUCAGUCAUCUGGAGAACAUUAUUAACAAGGCAGAAGAGCAAAACUCUCAUCAGAGGUUUCCAGCUAUUCUUUAAGGAUUCCCCAUUACUCUUGAUGAUGGAGAUAUAUGAACUAUGCAUGUUUUUCAAGAAUUAUAAGGAAGCUGAAGCUAAACUUCUGGAGUUCCAGAAAAGCCUUGAAACUUUUGACGUGGCAGCCACAAGGAUCCCCCCUGUCAUCCCUGCCACAUGGCUGAAGGAUCAGGUGUGUUUCCUUUUGAAGGUUAUGCUACAGCAGUGUAAGACCCAGUAUGAGCUGGGGAAGCUUUUACAGCUGUUAGUUGGAAUAGAGCAUUUCUUCUCUGAUGGUCCAGAUGUGAAGAAGCUGUGUGUCCUUAGCCAAAUUUUGAAGGAUACAUCCAUAGCCAUUAAUCAUGUAAUUAUUACCAGCUACAGCAUUGAGAAUUUUCAGCAUGAAUGUAUAUCAAUUUUGGAAAGACUGCAGACAGAUGGACAGUUUACUUUGGCCAGGAGGGUAGCAGAAUUAGCUGAGUUACCUGUGGACAACUUGGUUAUUAAAGAGAUAGCACAGGAAAUGCAGACCCUAAAACACAUUAAACAGUGGUCCCUGAAACAAGCAAGAGUUGACUUCUGGAAAAAAUGCCAUGAGAAUUUUAAGAAAAAUUCCAUUUCAAGCAAAGCAGCUUCUUCCUUUUUCUCAGCCCAAGCCUCUGUGGGAUGUGAGCACCCAACUGGACUGAGCAGCAUUGAGGAACGCCAUCUUCUGCUCACCCUGGCAGGGCACUGGCUUUCCCAGGAGGAUCUGGUGUCCUUGGAUAAGCUGGAAGAGCUGGAGAAGGAGAUAUGGCUCUGCCGCAUCACCCAGCACACCACUGGAGGAAACCAGGAGGAAACAGAGCCCAUAUUUUCUCGACAGGUCUCAGCUAGUGGCGAACUCUCCUUUGACAGCUUAGCCAGUGAGUUUUCCUUCUCGAAGUUGGCUGCUCUGAACUCAUCAAAAUACUUAGAACUUAAUGGGCUUCCAUCCCAAGAGACAUGUGUGAAUAGACUGGAUUGGAAGGAACAGGAGACACUAAACUUUUUGAUUGGGAGCCUAUUGGAUGAUGGCUGUGUGCAUGAAGCAAGUAGAGUAUGCCGGUAUUUUCAUUUCUAUAACCAAGAUGUUGCGUUGGUGUUGCACUGCAGAGCACUGGCCUCAGGAGAAGCUAGUGUGGAUGACCUGCAUCCAGAGAUCCAUGCUCUUCUACAAAGUGCUGAGAUGCCUGCAGAAGAAGAGACUGGCAUUCCUCUAAGGAAAGUCCAAAGCA